AUGGGAAUUGAGCCGACGACCCGCGCUCGCCUCAGGUGCCGCCCCCGGACGGUCUCUCCUCCUCCCGCCCCUCGGCGCGGCACGCACUGGGCGAUGCGCGCGUGGGUGGGGCUUGGCGGCGCGGCCUGACGAGAUCGGGGCGGCGGGAGCCUGCGGUAGCGUAAUUACUUUGCCAAAGAAGCACAAGAAGAAAAAGGAUCGGAAGUCGUUACAAGAAGAAGAUGUGGCCGAAAUCCAACACGCUGAAGAAUUUAUUAUCAAGCCAGAAUCCAAAGUGGCUCAGCUGGACACAUCUCAGUGGCCUCUGUUGCUCAAGAACUUUGAUAAGCUGAAUGUAAGGACAACACACUAUACACCUCUUCCUUGUGGUUCCAAUCCUCUGAAGAGGGAGAUCGGGGACUAUAUCAGGACAGGCUUCAUUAAUCUUGACAAGCCUUCUAACCCCUCUUCUCAUGAGGUGGUAGCCUGGAUCCGACGAAUACUCCGUGUGGAGAAGACAGGGCACAGUGGCACACUGGAUCCCAAGGUGACUGGCUGUUUAAUUGUGUGCAUAGAACGAGCCACUCGCUUGGUGAAGUCGCAGCAGAGUGCAGGCAAAGAGUAUGUGGGAAUUGUCCGGCUGCACAAUGCUAUUGAAGGGGGUACCCAGCUUUCUAGGGCCCUGGAAACUCUGACGGGUGCCCUAUUCCAGCGACCCCCGCUUAUUGCUGCGGUAAAGAGGCAGCUCCGGGUGAGGACAAUCUAUGAGAGCAAGAUGAUUGAAUACGACCCUGAAAGAAGAUUAGGGAUCUUUUGGGUGAGUUGCGAGGCCGGCACCUACAUUCGGACGCUGUGCGUGCAUCUGGGUUUGUUGCUGGGAGUUGGCGGUCAGAUGCAGGAACUUCGAAGGGUUCGUUCUGGAGUCAUGAGUGAAAAGGAUCACAUGGUGACAAUGCAUGAUGUGCUCGAUGCUCAGUGGUUGUAUGACAACCACAAGGAUGAGAGUUACUUGCGGCGAGUUGUUUACCCUUUGGAAAAGCUGCUGACCUCUCAUAAGCGGCUGGUUAUGAAAGACAGUGCAGUCAAUGCAAUCUGCUAUGGGGCCAAGAUCAUGCUUCCAGGUGUUCUCCGCUAUGAGGAUGGCAUUGAGGUCAACCAGGAGAUCGUGGUCAUCACCACCAAGGGGGAAGCGAUUUGCAUGGCCAUUGCAUUAAUGACCACAGCAGUGAUCUCUACCUGCGACCAUGGUAUAGUGGCCAAGAUCAAAAGAGUGAUCAUGGAGAGGGACACCUACCCUCGGAAGUGGGGUUUAGGGCCCAAGGCAAGUCAGAAGAAGAUGAUGAUCAAGCAAGGCCUUCUGGACAAGCAUGGCAAACCCACUGACAGCACCCCUGCCACUUGGAAGCAGGAAUACGUGGACUACAGUGAUUCCAGCAAGAAAGAAACGGUUGCUGAAGCGGUGAAAACACCACAGGUAGUUGCUGAAGUGACAAAAGCCCCACAGGUGGUCACUGAGGCAGUAAAAGUCACAAAGCGUAAGCGAGAGAGUGAGAGUGGAAGUGAUGAGACCCCUGCAGCAGCCCCCAAGUUGUCCAAAAAGGAAAAAAAGAAGAAGAAUAAGGACAAGAAAGCUAAAGCUGCACCGGAGAGCGGGGGCGAGCCUGGAGAUGGGGACAGUGACACUGCCAAAAAGAAGAAGAAGAAGAAGAAAGCCAGAGUGGUGGAAGUGGCAUCUGAGUAGCAAAGGCUGCUUUGAGCAGUUGUGUCCAGGCAGCAGGAGAAAUGGAGAGCCUUAGUGAGAGAAACAGUUCCUUUUGUUGAGGGAGUGGAACAAAGACCCCGGACAGGGUGGAGCGUCCCGGCACAUUUAGCUGCUCCUCGAGACCUUCUCAGUGGCAUUACCCGCGUGCUCAUCCCAUCUUGUCCUGUUUUAAGGAUAUGAGUGAUGGAGGAGGCACAUUUUAUGCCAUUGACUCGUCUGAGUUGGGAAGCUCCACCUUCGGACCCAGUACUGCCCAGUAACUGUGCGGCUGUUGGCUAACGGUCAUUUUUAACAACAGUGUAGUCCUCUCCUCGUUUACUUUUUCUUACCCCAUUUAAAAGGUUUGUAAAAAUGAAUUGAAUGAACUGGUGUAGAACCAUCACUAAGUGAAAUAGUAGAGCUGACCCGUGUUGCUCACUGGGGAAGCCUUGUGUUGGACGUCCUUUAAGGACAGCAGUCUCUUGUGGUGGUGUCCCCUUGUGUUUCUGGCCCAGCUGUUGGUCCACUGUGUGCACUUCUCAAAGCCUGUGUGUACAGCAGAAUUCACCCAAACCUAUCUGGCUGUUUGUGGUGGAAACCAAGCCGUUCCUAUAUUUUAACCCUCAUUUACUUUUGAGGAAUGAAUUUGCUCGUUGCUAGGAGAAGAAUGUGGUGAUUUUUACAUAUUAAAAUUGAUUCUUGAUGUUUUUUAAGUAUUCCUGUUGGGUUUUAUAGUUUUAAGUGAUCUCAAACUGGCAGAGCAAAAUAUAUGAAAUUAUUUUGAUUAAAAAUAUGGAGACUUUCCUGUCCUAUUUGAA